CACCCAGCAACCAAUCAACAGGCUCCUCCAACACGACCUGGUCACGCGGUUGGAGAGCUCGUUCCCUAGCAACCGCCGCCGCGCGCCGAUGAAACGGGCAGCAGGACGGAAGCAUUCCGGUCUCUAUAGGCUGGCCCCGCCCACCCGGCCGAUCCGAAGGACGCUAUUGGUUAGCUGCGCGAUCAAUCCCGCUCCCGCCCGCCCACCCGUGAGGUUGUAGACGUGGUACGGGGAUGAGAAAGCGGUGACUUAGGCGGCCGCUCCCGCCGAGGGGAACGACCAUGGGGCUUCCGUGGCUCGCCUGGGCCGUCCUGUGCUGCGCCGCGUGGCUCCCGGCGGCGCAGGCCAAGACGGUCCGGGGCGGCUUCUCCAGCGCGGCCGCCGGAGCUGGCCAGGCGGCGGCGCAGUUCCAGUUCCACGGUAAGCGGGGCGCUGCCCGGCCCGGAGGAGGAUCUCGCCCAGCGCCUUUGCGCAGCGCGAUCCUAUGCGCGCCGAGCUCGGGAUCGAGCGCAGCAGGGCCUUCGGUUGGGAGAAGGAGGGAUGCGAGGGACCCCGUGCCAGGGCCUUUUCUGCUGUUUGCGCACGUUUCCACGCGUUAUGCGCCUUUGCGCAGUGCGAUCCUAUGCGCACCGAGCUCGCAGCAAGGCCUUCGGUUGGGAGGAGACGGAGGGAUGCGAGGGACCCCGUGCCAGGGCCUUUUCUGCUCUUUGCGCCCGUUUCCACGCGUUAUGCGCCCUUUUGACAAGGGUUUGCCCCGACUCUAGGGGGCUCUGAGACUCUCCCCACCCUGAAGUCCACCGCCGUUUGGCUCCCCCUGUAGCUACGGCUCUGUCUGGACCUCAGCUGAUCUUGCAGCCAUAUAUAUCGUCACCUAUAUAGGUAAGGUAAAGGAUCUCUGGAUGGUUAAGUUCAGUCAGAGGUGACUGGCACUCAUCUCGCCAGCAUGAAUAAACCGCUUCUGGCGCAACGGCAUCCCGUUACGGAAACCAGAGCGCAUGGAAAUGCCAUUUACCUUCCCCGCCACAGCGGUACCUAUUUAUCUACUUGCACUGGCGUGCUUUCGAACUGCUAGGUUGGCAGGAGCUGGGGCAGAGCAACGGGAGAUCACUCCAUCACAGGGAUUCGAACCUCCAGCCUUCUGAUCAGCAAGCCCAAGAGGCUCAGUGGUUUAGACCAUUUAGUCCUGCAUAUAUAAGUGACUGUAAAGGUAAAGGGAGGUGGGUGGAGCUGUGGUCUAAACCACUGAGCCUCUUGGGCUUGGCAAUCAGAAGGCUGGAGGUUCAGAUUCCCGCCAUGGGGUGAGCUCCCAUUGCUCUGUCCCAGCUCCUGCCAACCUAGCAGUUCGAAAGCACGCUAGUGCAAGUAGAUAAAUAAGUACCAGAGUGCGGGAAGGUAAAUGGCGUUUCCGUGCGCUCUGGUUUCCAUCACGGUGUUCCGUUGCGCCAGAAUCGGUAUAGUCAUGCUGGCCACAUGACCCAGAAAGCUGUCUGUGGACAAACGCGAGCUCCCUUUGCCUAAAAGCGAGAUGAGCACCGCAACCCCAUAGUUGCCUUUGACUGGGUUUAACUGUCCAUGGGUCCUUUCCCUUUUUAUAUAUCUUAGGUAAGCAAUUAAAUUUUGCAUGCCCCACUUUUAACAAACAGCAUUCGCUGUCAAAGAGGGAGGAUGGCGCUGUUGCAGCAGGAGUUUCUCUCCUGUUGGAAUGGCUUCUUGUUUUCCCCUUUGGAGAGUCAUAGAAUCGUAGGGUUGGAAGGGAUCACGAGGGUCUUCUAGCCCAACCCCCUGCAAUACAGGAAUCUAUUUGCUCAACGUGGAGCUCGAAUUCACAACCCUGAGAUAAAGUGCUUCAUGCUCUUCUAGUGACUGAGCUAUCUAUCCUGCAGGCAGCUGUCAGAUGACAAGCAUUGCCUUGCUAGUCGCAUCUCCUUUCUGCUGGUUUGGAGUUAUGAGAUUUCCCCAGUAAUCGUAGGCCCAAGGUAAGCCCUGAAUAAAGGGCGCUAUAGGGGCAGAGGGCAGAGACUUAGGCUGGAUCCUAAGCCUGAACACUAUUGCUUUCUCUCUGCCAGACUUAGGCAAGCUCAGCCAGCUGCAGCCCCACUGCUGAACGGAGUCUGGAUCUAGUGUAAUUUUACCCUAGUUUAAGUUAUACCAGCUUGCUUUAUGCCAGUGUCUUAUGUAUAGGGUUGCUUCCAUAGAGAUCCAGUGUGUACAUGGGUGUAAUUGAGUCGCUCAGCCUAGGUCUUAGCUGUCUGAUUUGAGCCAACUGAAAUCACUUUGCUGUAUAAAUAACAUUCUGCAGCAGGGACAAUCCAAAACAUUUUUUAUACCCACCUCAGAAUGUCCAAAGUGCCCUUCCCCAAAUAAAUCUAGGUUCUACAAGAUAAAUAUAUAGCAGCCCAAUGUAGAGCAUUUUCACAGUUUGGAUUUUUUUGUGCCUUGAUGUAAGCUGGAAAAAUAAUUGCAGGCUUCUUAUACAACUAUUUGUUGACCUAAAUAUUGGUAGGAAAAUGAACACUUGGCAGCAGUUUGCAUUAAGAGGCGAUUCUGCCAGCAUUAAAAGCUUUCUAGAUAAUAUUUCUUCUUUAUUUCCGUCCUUAUCUGUGUAAUAGACUUUGACUUCUUUUUAAAUAUCAAGGUGAUUGUGCUCUUCUGUAUGUCAGAAUCAACAAUGUAGCAACAGCGGUUGGAAAAGAAGCCAAGCUUCACCUCUUUCAAGCUCAGGAAUGGCUAAAGCUGCAAGAAAGCUACCAGGAUUACAGCUGUAAAGAGAGAUUGUCCAAAGCUCAGCUGAUAAGUGAGUUCGAAUGGGCGGUGGGUGUCAUAAAUAUACUGAGUCAGUUCAUAGCUUAUUAUAUGCAUCAGUUGAACAAUAGGUUUAGGAUGAAGAAAAAACUAAGAGAAGAGUUAAUGUGUUUAUAAAUUUGCUCAUGUAAACGAAAGGCAUGGAAUUGUAAGCCAAGGUACCCAGACUUAACUUCCAUACCAUGCAAGCAGUAUAUAUUGUGCCUGAUUGCAACUUAGCCUUCAUACAUGCACUCUCCUGUGGUUUUUCAGCCCCAAUUUUCAUAUUGGGGGAGCACACAUGCAGUAGCAUGCCACAGCACAUCCACACAGCAAUGUGUGCAGCAGUGUGUCUUGUGCAAGCACAUGCAACAGCAGGCUGAACUGUGUCAUGAGCAGGCAUGUGCAAUAGCACAUCAUAUAAAAAUAUGCACGGCAACACAUCAUUGCAAGAAGCAGUUCAGCACAUGCAAAAUGCACGCAGCAGCAUGUCAUCUGCCCUUUCCUCAUCCAGAAAGCAGCCUGCUCACUCUGUGACCACCAUUUUUAUUUUGGGAAGUAUCAAAACUGGCAUGAUAAUCCAUCGGGGGAAAGUUUUGUAAUUAUUGAAAAAAUGGCUUGCAUCCUAAGAUAAGUUCCCAGCCUGUUAUUCCACCAAAACCCCUCUCCAGGAAAUCAGGAGCCUUCCUAAACAAUUUUGGUUGGGAUUUAGAGGGCAAUUAGGAGGAGGAAACUUUUCUACCAUGAACUUGUUAGAAUCCAAGCUGAUAUUAAUUCUCCUCUCGGAGAUCUCCAAACUCUUACAGGUGUAGACUAUCCAGGCACAUCCAACAGGUAGAUUGUGAUCUACCGGUAGAUCAUUGGACAUCUGUGGUAGAUCACUGAUAGAUCACUGGCUCCCCCCAAAGACUCAACAAGUUUGGCUCCCCUAAAAAAGCUCAACAACUUCUUUGACCUGAACCCCCAAAAAGGAGGUAGAUCACAGCCAGUCUUUAACUCUGUGAGUAGAUCGUAGUCUCUUGGGAGUUGGCCACCCCUGGACUAUGCUCACAUUUCAAGAGUAGGAAACCUAUGGCCCUCCAGAUAAAACUGUCAUCCAUGACCUUUGACCAUUCUGGCUGGGUGGGGCUGAUGGGAGCUGGUCCAAUAGCAUCUGGAGGGCUACAGGUUUCCCAUCCCUGAUUUCAUGCCAAGUGCUUUAGGGCAGCAAUGGGGAAGGUGCGUUCCUCCCGAUGUUUUGGCCUCUAUCUCCCAUCAGCCACAGCUAGCAUGACCAACUGUCAGCGACGGUGAGAGCUGUAGUCCAAGAACAUCUGGAGGACCCCAAGUUCCUCAUUGCUGGCAUAAUGUCUGAGUUUUUAAAGUACAUGGAUAAGUCUGCAAUCCUAUAUACACAUACCUGGGAGCAAGUUCCUCUAAACUCAGUGGCAAUUACUUGAGAGUAGAUACGCAUAGAAUUGCAUUGCACAAAGUGUCUGUUUGUUUUCUAAAUAUUUGCUUCUCAUCUCUCUUAAACAUUUUAUCUCUUCAAAAUACUUGUAGACUGCUCUGCUCUCUUUACAGCUGGUUUAAAACAAAUUUCAUCACUUAAUUGUGGUUUGUCUUUGAAUAUCUUGAGUGUUAAUAUUUAGUUCAUAAGUAAGCUAGCAUAGAAUAAGCAUGCAGUGUUGUUUAGUUUCUGGGAAAAUUAAGUCAUUUGUAUCAUCCUAUCUCCCCAUACGCUACCAUGGUCCAAUUACAGACUCAUUGAAAAUGAAGUCAGCAGUUCAGAAUCUAAAGCUUAAUAUAACAUUUGUCGAGCACAAAUAUUUAAUGUACAAAAUAUUGAAGUUCCUCUUACAGUUAUUAUCAAAGAAGUGCUAAUCAUGAUCAUUCUUAAUUUUAUUGAUCAAAAUAAAGAUGUGCAAAUUAUAUCUCAGGACAGUAUAAUUAUAUAAUUGAAUUGAACAGAUACUAAAAACAUUAUUGUUGUAUCAUGUGUGUAUUUAUAUGAACAAGUCUAGUUAUAAUUGAAUUCCCCCCCCCUUUUUCCUUUCGCCCAGCCUGUCCAGAUUUUACCAUGGACAAGUAGAGAAUUGAGAAUGUGGUUUGGGGCUGAAGGCAUGUCGCUGAAUUAACACUUGAACCAGACCAAACAUCAUGAUCACAAUCUAAGCACAGCUUUGCAUUUUUAUAUCCCACUGAUUGCAAUGACUUAGUUAUGCACAUGCUUAACUGCCUCCUACUGAAAUCAAAACUGCUUAACAUGUGUAUGCAUUGAACCGUAUGGUUUUUAAGGGGUACAGGCACGCUAAAACAUGUAACACAAAUGCAUCAUGUGGAUCUGUUUUUUAAAAAGCACCUUGAUGCAUGUGCAACUGGCAAAAACUGCUUGUGCAUUCCUUAGCCAUAGAUAACCUGAAAAGUUUCUUGUUUUCUAGCAUUGUUUUAUGUCCUGUAAGUCAAAGCUUUCUGAGUUUAUUCAAGUCUGGUUCCUUUUUGCAGUGCACCUGAACAGCACAGAACAAAAUCUGACUGUGUCCCAGAUUCCGUAUCCUGACACAUGGUAUGUGUUUUAUGUUGACAAGUUUACCUGUGCGGUGAAUUAUGAGGACUCUGAAUCCGAGGAAGUUCAAUUUGAAAUGGUGUUACUAAAUCCAGAUGCGGAAGGGAAUCCUUUAGAUCACUUUAGCGCAGGGGAAUCAGGUAAGAUGUUUCUUCUGGACUUUGGAGGAAAUUGGUUGGGGAAGUGACAGGCAAAAAUAACCCAUUAAAUUGUAUACAUAGAUGUUGCUAUCCAGUUAUCUAUAGGAUGAGGGAAACAUACUUGCUUGGGAAAAGUAUAGGAUUAGUCAUAUAACAAUGACUUUGAAGUGUCUGAUAACUUUAAUUUGCCCUAAUAGAUUAGUGUUCACCCACUUUUUUAUUCCAUUUUUUUCACAAUCCAGGACAAUUAGUUCCAUUUUUGGUGCAUUCUAAUUGUGAUGUCUCAGAAGAUACAGUAACAAAUUAAUAGAAUCAACCACUUCAAUUUUAUUAUUACAUAAUUAACAUUAGUUGCUAAUAUAUAUAUGGCACUUUAGUUCUGACUGCAAUCACAGCUUUAAAGAAAGUUAUUUGCGGUUCAUUGAAUGGGCUAAGAAUUUACAAUGUAACAGAGAUAAAUGACUACUUCUUACACAGCAAAAAAAAAAAAAAUCCAGACAAGUAUAAAAGGAAAAUAAAAUAUUGAGAAAUUCAGGGACCAGGUUUCUUUAAUUCAUCUUCAUGUUACACACCAUAGAACAUGAAUAUCAUUCAUUCAAAACUGGAAAUAAGUGCAUUGUGGACUGGUUAUGCCUUUUAAAUGUUGCAGCAAUGACAUCUAGUGGUAAGAUGAAUGUUUCACACAUCUGUUGCACGGCCUCUCAAACGUUGGCAUAGUAAAAUCUCGGUGAGUCAAUUGUGUCCGCAAGUCUAAAGCAAAAGUGGAAGCUUCUUUGUUCCAUAUGAAAAAGUGGUGUUUGCAGCGUAUCCAGCAUUAUAUUUGAAGAGAAAUGUACGUCUGCCAACAGACGCCUGAGAACCUCCUCUUCAAACACUGCGAUCGCUAUCAAUAUUUGCAUCAAACAUGCUGCAAACAUCUCUUUUUGGUAUUGUGAGGGAAAAUAGAGAUAUGAGUGCAUGGGAAGCACUUUUUAUAGUGCAAACCUCUACAUGUUUACGCAGAAGUAAAUCCCAUUAAUUCAGUGACGCUUUCAAGCUAGGGUUCACAGAAGCACACCCUUGGGAAGCAAAAAUGUUUUGUGUGUGAAACGUGGCUUUGACGCUCAUUCACAAUGGAUGUGGCAUUAGCUGGGAGUGACUGACAUGCAUAUACUACUAUCCUGGCAUUUACUAUACUUCUGUAUGUGCUGUGCUUGAAACAUUUCAGUCACUUAGUGUUUGUCAACUGCUUUAGCAAAAGACAUUACAACAGUAACAGUAACAAAGAAGUCUUCGUAUAAACAGAUUUGUUGAGUUGAGAGCACUGUUCACAAAUGCCAUAUCCUCAAGGCAAACGUAUAAUGUUUGUAUUGCAAAGUCAGCUGUAUUCCAUGACUGCAAAGAGGAGCUACAUUUACCCAAAGGCUAGAUUCUUGUCACUAAGCACAGUAAGUUUCAGACACUUCUGACAAGGCACGUGUGUUUGCAUAUAUACUUUGUAAUUUCAACAGAGACGGUUGCCGGCUUAGUAAAAAUAAAGUAGGCUGCAAAUUAUUUCUGUUAUUAGACAGAAACAAGAAAAUCCAACAUCUGUCCCCAAGGUUUGUAAGCAAUAUUCAUAGUACCAGCAUCAAACUGGAAAUACUGGUGUUAUAGUUAACAGUUAUUUUAAAAUCUAUUAAGUUAUUUUGGUGAAGGAACAAAAUAUUCUUUGGUCACAUCUUAAUUGGUUCUUUGAAAUAAAUUGGUUGCAAUGUCUUGAAAGGUAGCACACGACAACAUAGGUUAGGGCAUAUCAGCAUAAAUGUAUUGCAUUAUGUUUUUAGAUGCAGCCUAUCCUGGGACCUGGGACAGGUAACAAACAUAAUUAAUGACAAGAUUCCAGCAUUUCCAGUGUCGUUAUGCUGGUAUUGUGAGUAUAAAUACGAGCCCAGUAUUUACAAUCUGCUGGGGCAGUAGUUGUAGUUUCCUGCUUCUAUUUAUUAAUAGAAAAAAUUUCCAGCUUUAAAAAAAAACAAACUAAGCUAGCAAUUAUCUGUUCAAAUUACUCAGUAUAUAGGCAUAUAUUAAUAAUAACCCUUCUUUGGAGCAACGUACUGCAGGGACCACUUUUCCCCCCUGUUCAAUAGACUCAUCUCUGCACAUCAGAGAUGAGUCGUUUUCUGUAGUACCCUUACUGGGUGAAACCCUUUUGAGUUUCCCUUUGAGACUUCUGUUCUUAAUUUAAAUUUUAUCUGGUCAGGUUGCUACUGUGUUUUGUCAUUAUUUUAGCUCUGGUAUUUUUUUGUUUUUUUAAGGGUUGGGCAUUAAAUAUCAAAGUAAAGAAAUGUUAUGUAAGGUACUUCUUCUCUUUGCAGGCCUCCAUGAGUUCUUCUUCCUGCUUGUUCUGGCAUACUUCGUCGCUGCUUGCAUAUACGCUCAGACAUUGUGGCAGACGAUUAAAAAAGCAGGGCCUAUGCACACUGUGUUAAAAGUUCUGUCGACUGUUCUGCUCUUGCAAGCCGCUUCCGCUUUUGCUAACUACCUACAUUUUUCAAGGUAAAUUUAAACCCUCCGCCUUUGGGCAUACGAAGCUGCCAUACCAAGUAACAUCAUUGGUCUUCCACAUCUAGUGCUGCCUGUGUCAGGGAUGGGGAACUUGUGGCUCUCCAGAUAUUGUUUGACAGUGAUCACCCCUGAUCAUUGGUGAUUCUGCCUGGAGCAAAUGCGGGGUGGAGUCCAAGAUCUAGAGGGCUACAGGUCCCCCAACCCUGGUCUUGCUUUGGUAGUGACCUUCCCAGGUUUCAAGAAGGAAUUUGCAUUGUCAAAUUGGUCAGAAUUUCUUUUAUUUGGAAAAGUCGCUGCUUCAAUGGCAGCUCUUGAGGCAGUUUGCUGUGGGUCUCAAUCAUGCCGUGUAUCUGUGCUUGAUCUUGGAGUUCCAGCCACUCCCUCCGAAGCUUUGGCAGCUCCUAGAAAGCAUCCUUUGACACUGCUGGACCCUUUAGAAUUCAAACUUUUCCUUUCGACUUUUUUGAGAAGGUGCUUUGCCAGUGCUCCCUUCCCAUUUCCUCACGGCAAUCUGAAUGGCCUCCGUUGCCCACAGUUGACCCAGAAGUCAUUCCUACCCAUGUUCCUUUGUUCCCUUCAGAUUGAAUCCGAAAUGUUCUUUCUGCAAAUCACCACACAAGGGUGGUAGAGCAAAAUGCAGGGUGCUGGUCUGCCCCAGCACAGGGGAACAGCAGGUUUCGAACUCGCAGGCACACUGAUACAAUUACCUGAACAACUGUGCAAAGGUAGGCUACAUGUAUCUUAGGGCAGCUCCCUGCUUUGCACAAUAAAUGUUUUUGCUACAUAUACUGCAAUACACACUGCUGUUUCCUAGAACAGCGUAAAAGACAUACAAACAUGUAAAUGUACGUUGGAACCCGGACUCACCAGAGUCUCCAUAUGCAUUCACAGGUGUGAAUGUUUUCCACACUUUACGUAAUACAUAUUUGCUGCAGGAAACACUGGUGUGUGGGUGUGCAGGAAACACAUCUAUCUCCUAAUAUUUACACCAUCCCCAGUAGAUGAUCAUCCACUGUUCUCUGUACCAAAGAGUGAGAUAGGAAAUAACCAUUUAGCAGAACUCAUUUAGGUUUUGUAGUAGGGAAUACAAUUCAGUGCUGAAAACAGGUGAAGAAACAAACUGUUGUCACUUUCCACUAUAAAGCCUAAAUAUGCUGUUCUAAAGGUGUUUUUCCACCUUAAUUUUAUUUUCUUGUAAUUAAACAUGUAUGCUUCAGCUUCCUUUCAACUCAGAUGUAUUGAUCAAUUGUCAUUAUUGUUGGUUCCUCUAGAUUUGCUGCAUUUAAACGUAACUGAGGCCUACUACUCUGGAGGGGAUGCGGGUGGCGCUGUGGGUUAAACCACAGAACCUAGGGCUUGCUGAUCAGAAGGUCGGCGGUUCGAAUCCCCGUGACGGGAUGAGCUCCCGUUGCUCGGUCCCUGCUCCUGCCAACCUAGCAGUUUGAAAGCACGUCAAAGUGCAAGUAGGUAAAUAGGUACAGCUCUGGCGGGAAGGUAAACGGCAUUUCCGUGCGCUGCUCUGGUUCGCCAGAAGCGGCUUAGUCAUGCUGGCCACGUGACCCGGAAGCUGUACGCCGGCUCCCUCAGCCAGUAAAGCGAGAUGAGCACCGCAACCCCAGAGCCGGCCACGACUGGACCUAACGGUCAGGGGUCCCUUUACCUUUUUACCACUCCGGAACAGAAUAGUAUUGACAUUUUGUUUCAGUAUUUCCCCUUUAUGUAAAAAGAGUUACAUGAAUUCAAUCAAGUGCAUUUUCUCUCUCUCUCUCUCUAUAUAUGUAUUGCUCUUUUGCCCUCCAAUUAAAAAACACUUUAAAAAGUAAGUAAAUAAAAGCUUUUAAGUUUUUGAAAGUCCUCUUCUGCUGCACUUCCACAAAAAACAACCGCCAGCUUUUCAGUGUUCUGCAGGCAACGUUUUGGACAGCUCCACUUGUUGCAAAACUUGUGGACCUAAAGAAAAAUAGGAAAUACAGUGCAGAGAAAGGCCAUUAUGUGCAGCAGCUAAUCCAACUCAGGAAUGAUGGGAGGUAUUGGCAUUGCAUUUUGGGAGGCAGGAGGCCUCCAGAUCAAUCCAAUUUGCAUGCCACUGCGCACCGCUAGCGUAGCCUCUUCUGUUAAGAAGUCAAAUCUGCUUCACAGAAAUUCAUAUGAGAAAAGCAGAAUUCUGGAGCUUCUGUGCGGAAUGCAAAAUAGUUAUAUGCUAGUAGAUUUGCCCAUUUCCUUUAUUAUUUACAAGCUGGAGGCAAACCCAGCUGAUUUUCAUGUUAUGUAUUCUUAAAGCUUUUACAAACUUAUUUCCUUUUUUUUUAAUAUCCAAAAAUAGUAUUAGUGGUGGUUGUGUUUAUGCUUUUAUGAUGCGUAUUUCUUUAGUAUAGGCUUAUUUAUCAAGCUGGUUUUCCUUUUUAGUUACUCUAAAAAUGGAGUAGGAGCACCUUUUAUGGGAAGCCUUGCAGAGUGUAAGUACAUCUUGCUUUCUUUGAGCUGGUCACAAAUGAGGACAUUGGUUUUAGGGAAGCACGUUAUCUGGAUGUUCAUAUAUCUUGUAUUACAUGAAAUGCUGAGUCUGUUGGAAAGUUAGAGUGGUUUAAAAUAUUAGAUAAAAAAUUUAAGCCACACCUAGAAACCUGUCCUUGAACAGAGUUGCAAUUCCCAGCUGCGACUGAAGGAGCCCCUGCAGCAAAUGGGGUUCUUUACCCUUAUUUAUUAAAAAUAGUUACGCUUUUUAGAACAGUGUUAGAGUCCACUCAAGCAUUCUGCUCAAAGCUAAGCCCCAUGAAAUCAGUAAAACUUCAUUCAUAUAAGUCAAUAUAGGAUUGCAGCUUAACUACAAGUUAAAUCGCUUCAGCUAAACAAAUUUCAUUUCCCCCCUUAGGGUGUUCCAGGCAGACAGUUUCUUGUGCAAAUAUUCCUGUAAAGACGUGGCACAGGUUAGACCCCACUCUGUGAUUUGCCACUGCUCCUUUCCUCACUUCCAGUUUCUUUCUCUUGCUUCCUCACAAAAGAGGUGUGCAUUUUCCCCAGAUGUUGUAGACUCAAGUCUCCAUACAGUCAUGCACGCCUUUGCUAAAUUUCUUGCAGCAAAAGCUAAACCUGAAACCUACUAUUUCAAGAUAUGCCAACACGACUCCACCCUUACAUGUGCUGAUUUUAAUUUAAUUUAAUUUAAUUUUUCUUCUAGCAUAUUGCAUAAAAUCUGUUGGGUACAAUUUUUACAAUACUGUGCUGUUUCCUGGGCUCUUGUACUUCCAGGAGGACUGUACAGUGUUAAUUGGAGCAGCCAAUGCUUUUGUUGCGGCGAAACUUACUUAAUUGCAAACCAGUGUAUCUCCUGCAAGUGCCAAGGAAAAAAACACAUUUCUGUCCCUAGCUAUUGCAACUGUUGACCUUCAGUGUACAAAAGGUGACUGUGUUGCUGUUGUGUGGCAAAUACAAUGGUACCUUGGUUCUCAAACUUAAUCCGUUCUGAAAGUCCGUUCCAAAACCAAAGCGUUCCAAAACCAAGGCGCACUUUUCCAUAGAAAGUAAUGCAAAAUGGAUUAGUCCAUUCCAGACUUUUAAAAGCAACCCCUAAAACAGCAAUUUAUCAUGAAUUUUACUAUCUAACAAGACCAUUGAUCCAUAAAAUGAAAGCAAUAAUCAAUGUACUGUACUAUUAAAUAAGACAGUAUUGUAGAUGAUAAAAAAAAAGUUUUAAAAAAAUUUCUUACCUGCACUGAUGAUAGUCAUUGUUUGGAUGGGGGGCUUUUAUCCUUUACCACAGUCGCACAACCAAUCAGUAGCUGAACAGGGUUCCACACAGUCACAAAAACAAAUGAACCAAAAAAGCCUCAAAAACAAAAACGCAAAAUAAAUGGCAGAAACAAAAGCACCAAACUUAAUCUGUUCCGAAAGUCCAUUUGACUUUUGAAAGGUUCAAAAACCAAGGCACAGCUUCUGAUUGGUGCAGGUGCCCCAGAAACAAUAGCCGACAACCACAUCGGACGUUCGGCUUCUGAAAAACGUUCGAAAACCGGAACACUUACUUCUGGGUUUUCGGCAUUUGGGAACCCAAGGCGUUUGAGAACCAAGGCAUUUGAGAACCAAGGCGUUUGAGAACCAAGGCAUUUGAGAACCAAGGUACCACUGUGCUGGAUGCAUCCGGUGACGUAGACCUUUUUUUUUUUUUAAGAUACUUUUCUGGACACCUACAGAACAGCUCUGGAUAGAUGACGUGUACAGACUCUCAAGAGGGAGGGGAAAAACAUAAGCAUGAAAUCAUGGUCCUCCUUCAUCUUGUCCCCUCUCAUUUCAGAAAUAUUUUUAUGGCAUUUUCCUUCUUCCUUGUGCGUUCCAUAUAUCUGAUUCUGGUUUAAGCGUUCCAAAAAUACGUUUAAAAGCCAUGCAAGGCUGUCGCUGCACACUGUCCAUGAUGUGGUUGCAGUGACAACCACAGUAAAGCUCUGGACCAGCCUUCCCUAACAUCAUGGCCAGUUGUUGGGGGUGAUGAAGAUCUUGCGUCCUGAGGUUGGGGAAGUCUGGUCCAGAUUAUGAAAAUUGCAUUCCUCCACUAGAGGACAUUGUGUACAGCAGAGGCUCUAAAUACUGAGGAAAAAGCCGAUGUAUACAGGAAGCUUCAUAUUGGAACACCAGUGGACAAAAUUUUAAUGAAUUUGUACUCCAAGAGUGCUGGUCAGUAUGCAUGCUAUUUAUCUAGGCUAGAUCAUCCCGCUAGUUAUAUUGAAGUGUUUACAACAGUGUUAAUUGACCUCUUAUGUAUGUUUUGCAGAAGUAAAGCCGUACAACAGGCCAUUUUAUACAGAGAUUUUUCUUGGUGGCGUAAUUCAGACAAUUCAAUUAUAUUAAUGUUCUUCCCCUUAGUGUGUGACAUAAUCUCUCAGGUGCAGAUGCUCUAUCUGUUGCUCAGUUUGUGCAUGGGAUGGACAAUAGGGAGAAUGAAGAAAUCUCAGAGUAAACCUCUCCAGUGGGAUUCCACUCCAACAUCCACAGCCAUUGCAAUAGCUGUCGUGGUAACACAGGUCUGUUUUCGCGCUGGGUGUUUGAUUUACUGUGGAAGUGCUUUGGGGGGUAAUUAAGAAACAUUAAUAAGCAUAUGAUGUGGUAAUGAUCCUGCAUGAAGAGAAGAGGCUGUCUGUACUGAUGUUCCUUUGAGAAUGUUGUGAAAGGGUCUCCAACCCGAAAGACUGCAAAUGCUGCUGUCGAUGGUAGUGAUACAGAUGAUUGAAAAACUCUUCAGGAGAUCUCUUGCAGAGGAUUUAAUGUAAUACCUAGCUCCUGAAAAAGUAGCAGCCCCGAGUACCUGGUUGUACAUUUUCUAAAUCCUCACUGAUGGCUAGGUAUUUCCAGGGUCACUCAGAGUCUCUCCUUUAGCUACACUGAUACACUGUCCAAAGUGUGAAAUGGGAAGUCCCUCAUUCAAAUCUGCUCUUAAUCAUGAACUUCCUUUGCUGUCUUAAGCCAGGGGAAGCCAGCCUGCCCCCCUCACCCACCCAAAUGUUGUUGGACUAAAAUCCUCAUCAGCUCCUGACCAGUCGCAUGGCAAAUGGUCAGAGAUGGUGGAAUUUGUAGCCCAGUGUCUAGAGGGCACCAAGUUUGCCACCGCUGCCACAGGCAAACUGUUUUUCUCUUCAUACCAGCAUUGGCUUACUAGUUGCCAAAGUACAGUGGAUACGAAUUAAAUUUGUUCCUGGGAUCCGUCCACAACCCGAAAUGUCCGUAGGCAGAGGCGCUGCUUCUGCGUGCGGUGAAACCCAGAAGUAUACACUUCCGGGUUUGCUGCGUUCGUAACCCGAAAGUUGCGUAUCCAGAGCGGUAUGUAGCUAGAGGGUCGACUGUAAUUGAUCUGCCACCGUCCCCCACCCCCCAGCAACUCUACCAAAUUCAAAUAAAGAUUUGGUAACUAUUUUGUCCACCUCAUCACAAGAAAGGAAAAGGCCAAUGUUCUCAAAAGCUGUGAGGAAAAUUUCACAUGUGAAUGUUUCAUGUCUUUUGGGGGGUGAGGGGAAGGUAUGCAAUGUUCCAACUGAUCAGUUACCCAAAGAUUUCAUGAGAGCCUAUAGACGGGAUUCUUUUCUUUCUCAUUUUUGGCAAAAUAUACUUCUUGGACUAUUGUCUAGAGCAGUGGUGAACAAACUCUUUUCUUUCAAGGGCUUCACACCCUUAGGGUAAUCUGUGGGAGACCGCAUAUUGGCACCAAAGGUGGAUGGAACUGCUUCUCUUUUAUUCCUCUUUUUACCACCCCGUUCUCUCCCUUUAACUCCCUGGUUUUCCCUUGUUACCUGUAUGAACUCAGGGUGCCAUGGGAUUAGGACUUGAUUUAUCCACCCCUGAUCUAGAGAAUGAAGACAUAUGUCUCCGAGCAUUCAUUCAUUCGUUGGCCUUCUGUGCUUCAUAUAUUGAUGGGCAUUCAGCAGAAAAAAACAGUUCUCACCUCUCAGACAUAUGCCUCUGAGAACCCCAUUACAACAUGUGGCCCUGAGCUGGUACAUGUAUUAUAUGCGCACCAGCCAUGAUAAGUGUUGUCUGCCAUUUAUUUUUUACUGUGAUCUCUCUCUCUCUCUCUCUCUCUCUCUCUCUCUCACACACACACACACACACACACACACACACAGGUACCGUAUUUUUCCAUCUUAUAGACGCCCCCAUGUAUAAGAUGUCCCCUAUUUUGAUAAUAUUUUUUAGGAAAAAAGCCUAGUCUUAUACAGGGGAAAAUACGGAAUAUUGAAAGAUUAUAUUACUUUUUAAACAAACAAGCUAAAUGGGCACAGGUGAAAGGUUUCCUUCUCUGACAUACUUCUAAUUAUUUCUAAACCAAUGCUUGUUUAUUUCUUCUCCCAAGGCUAAAAAGCCCACUCACAGAGUUCUCUUGGCAAGUGCCUGUCACACCUCAUAGAAGCCUGCAUGGUGUUGUCAACAGAAGGAAUCUGCCACUGAAUUGGGACCCCAUAAUUGAAGCAAAAUUAUCCACAUCAGUCCCAAACAGAGUCCUUGAACUUUUGUCCACCCCUGACCACCUCACAUCCUAAAAAGAUUGUAUUAAAAAACAAAAUUGCUGACUAGAAUCUCAGUUUUAUUGAAGAGGGCUUCAGUGAAUUGUACUCUUUUUGUUCCUCCUUCCUCUCUCCCCACUGCCUAGACUAACAAUGUGGGGCCAUCAUAUAUUGUUUUUAUACUGUACAAAGUUAUAUGAAAAAAGAUCCAUCUGGACACUAUCUUCUAAUUGUGUUCCUUGUUCUUUUGCAGGGCAUUUUGCUAAUUUGGGAACAGUUUGAGGAUACAAAUCAUCACAGCUACCACUCACACCAAAGUUUAGCAGGCGGGCUUCUCAUUGGCUUGAGAAUUUGCCUAGCUCUGUCGCUUGGCUGUGGACUUUACCAGAUCAUCCGAAUUGAGAGAAGCACACUGAAAAGAGAAUUCUAUAUCACCUUCACAAAAGUAUGUGCAUCAUAUAGAAACUCAGUGUAUUCUUCCAGAGCGCUAUUGAGUGCAGUGUCUAGUUUGGAGGAAAAUAAAACAGUGCAAUCUCAUAUGUACUUACAAAUGUUUCAUUGUGUUUAAUGGAGCUUAUUUCCAAGUUAUUGUGUACAGGAUUGUAAUUUGAGGCUACAAUCCUAUGCACACUUACAUGGAAGUAAACCCCAUGGAACACAGUGAGACUUCACUUCUGAGUACAUACAUACAUACAUACCGUAUUUUUCGCCCUAUAGGACGCACUUUUUCCCCUCCAAAAAUGAAGGGGAAAUGUGUGUGCAUCCUAUGGGGUGAAUGCAGGCUUUCACUGAAGCCUGGAGAGUGAGAGGGGUCGGUGCACACCGACCCCUCUCGCUUUCCAGGCUUCAGGAAGCUAUCUGCAAGCCUGGGGAGACUGGUGGGAGUUCCUGCCGGGCUCCCAAGGCUUGCAGAUAGCAGCCUGUUCUGGGGGCUGGGGUCAGGGGAAACUCGGGCACCCCCCGCCCCAGCCCUGCGCCUGGGGGGGAAAUAAUUUUUUUCCCUUUAUUCCCCCCUCCCCCCCAAAAAAACUAGGUGCGCCCUAUGGGCCGGUGCGACCUAUAGGGCGAAAAAUACGGUACAUACAUAGGGUUUGGUUAAGCAAGGUAUGAUGUUAUACAUCAAGACUCUCAUAAUGUUCUAUGGUUUGAUGCAGAAGAGCACUUGGUAAGUUACAGAACGUAUUUUAACGUGUGAAAUGAAAAUGAAAAUAUGUAACUAGAGAUCUGUUAAUGGACAGAGUGACUUUUAGUACUGACAGAUGAUGAUGAUGAUUAUAACUUUCCUAAACAGGGCUGCCUUUAGGUGUCUUCUAAAGUCAGAUAGUUGUUUAUGUCCUUGACAUCUGAUGGAAGGGCGUUCCACAGGGUGGGUACCACUACCACUAAGGCCCUCUGCCUGGUUCCCUGUAACCUCACUUCUCGCAGUGAGGGAACCGCCAGAAGGCCCUCAGAGAAGGACCUCAGUGUCCGGGCUGAACGAUGGAGGUGGAGAUGCUCCUUAGCUGAUAGUGGUCUUUCUUCUUCUUUCAGGGCUGUCUUCUGUGGUUUUUGUGUCACCCAAGUCUUGUAUCCAUAUCUCUAAUGUUAAGAGAUUACCAGCGAGAGAAGGUAGGUAGAUACAGCAUAAUAAAACUUGAGUCAGUUACCGAAUGAAGGCUUAAUUGUAUGCAAGACUUUGGAUUGUUAAACUCUUGAUAAGUAAUGGGAAUUUCUGAAUCUAUUUUUUUCCCUGUAGCCCACUUCAAUCAUUCCACAUGAAGAAGCAACAUGUAUAGAGGGGAGUUGUGGGACCCCCCUCCCUUCCCCUAGCAUAUCAAGUUCCCCUGGCCCCACCAGUCAUGUAUUAGUGUGGAUGCUUGAGGCAGGGAAAUCUGUGCAUGUUGACUUCCUCAUAUCCUGGAACUCUAAUUGUGCAAGUUCCAGGAAAGCCUGAAAAACGUGAAUGGCGGGGCCAGAGGGAACUGCACAGUCCCUUGCUACCCGUGUUGCCCCUUCAUGUGUGUAAUGUAUGCAGGCAGCUUUAGAAUUGUGACGUUAAGAGAUCCCAUGAAAUACUACAUGAAAUUGUGUUUUAAGAGAUCUGGCGAUUCCCAAGGUGAACUUCUAAACUUGAAUUCCUGAGUAGGUCCAGUAAAUUUCAGGUGAAUAUUUUGUUCUUUCUACAAAGCUCUCUUCUUUGUUCUCUUUUCCUUUCAUAUUUCAGGUCAUUACCGUAGGCGUCAUCCUCUGCCAGUUGUUCUCCAUGGUCCUCCUGUACCGACUCUUUGUUUCCCAUAGUCUGUACUGGGAAGUGUCCUCCCUCUCUUCAGUAACACUGCCACUUACUGUAGCAUCUGGACAUAAAAGUCGGCAUCAUUUCUGAGAUGCAUCUGGGAGAUCCGUUGACAAAUGUGCAAUAAAGACUUGGAAAUGUGCAGCUAUUUUCAGCAGUGAAUCCACCACAGAGGAUCUUUGGGAGAAACGAAACAAUCAAAAUACAGAAUUACACUGCUGCAGGAGCUGAACGAGUGCAGGUAUGAGGCAGAUUUUCUCAAAAAUUGUGAGAAAGCAUCUUGGAUGAAGUCAAAGAAAAUUCUUAACCUCGGUGUUUUCAUUUAAAAACUGCCUCAUCUUAUGUUGGAACUAGAUCCAAAUUGUCAUAACUACAAGCAUAAAUGGAUCACAUAGACCACUUUUGGAAUUAAAAUAAUAUAUUGGUUUAAAGUUGCUUUGAAACAGUGCAAAUUGUGCAAAAGUUUAAAAGGACUUGAAAAUUGUAAUAGGUCCAGGAAACCAGUGUAAAAUGUUUACAGCAAACUGUAGCACUCAUUAUUUGUGUUUUUGAAAACGAAAAGAAAAAACACUUCCUUGCCUUGAGAUUUGGAUGCAGUUCAGAUUUCAGCUUGAUUACCAAUUGCUUUUUACACACCAUGUUUGUGACAAAUGUUACAAGAGCAUAAGGGUGAUGGACUAACUUGAGUUCUGCUUUUUAAAAAACAAAAACUUGGCAUUGUUAAGGUUAUAAAAACAGCAGGCUAGCAUCUCCUAAACUUGGGGGGGGGGGGGGUAUGCGAUGCAGCACUAGAAUUUUAAUCCUGAUAUAAUUCAUUACUCUUACAUUGAGGAUUCAAUCAUAAUUAAGCCAUAUUCACAGAUUAAAUUAACAGAAGCAUUUCAAAUAAAUGUUAGUUUCAGUCAUCAACUACCCAUGAAUUCCUGCCCAAGGAUACUUAAUCAGGAUUAAAUUUUCUAUGAAUAAUUGAAAAACAAAAUACUCACUGGAUUUGUUAUAAUCCAUGUUGGCAGUGGGUUCUAAGUAGUUGCCAUCUCCCACCCAUUGUAGAAGAAGCACACUUUGAAAUGAUUCCUAGCAUUCAGACUGCCAUUGUAAAUAUAUACUCUUGUUGAAGUGCCUAUUUAUUGCUCAAGACUGAAAUAAUUUGAAUGACUUUUGCUAUAUAAAAUAAACAUUCCUGUUAAGU